GCUCUGUUACCCACGAUGGCGCGCAGCAGCGUGAUGUGGGCUCACUGCAACCUCUGCCUCCCGUUUUCAAACGAUUGUCCCAGCCUCCCAAGUAGCUGGGAUUACGGGCGUGCAGCACCACGCCCGGCUAAUUUGUAUAUUUUUAGUAGAGACGGGGUAUCGCCAUGUUGGCCAGGCUGGUCUGGAACUCCUGACCUCAAGAGAUCCACCUGCCUCUGACUCCCAACAGGUGUGAGACACCACGCCCGGCAAGUGUGGGAAGCCUUUUUUAAAAAUGUAAACUCGCGUGCCCGAAAAGCCCUCUAGGAGGGGAACACCGGGAAGAAGCCUCCUUCCAAAAACAGGGUAGAACUGGGGUGAAGCACGGAGAUAACGGGAAAACCUGAAUGAGCGAGAUCGUGCGCGCUCCUGCCCGCGUGUGCCUGCGUGCGCGUCCAUGCGGCCGUGACGGCGCCCCGGGCACCGCCUUUUCUAGACGUGCGCGCGCCCGCAACGCGCCGCCCGACCGUAAAGAGGCUCCGCUGUGUCGUGAAAGGAGCCGCAACGCGCAGGGCGCUGGUUGACGGCUGGGACUCCAUUUUGUUCGCCGCUAUUCUGCUCGUAAGUCGCUUCUCCGUGGCUUCUCUGAGGAGAAAAGUUGAAAAAGGGUAUAAAAGUUUUCCGUCAUAUUCGGGCUUUCUGUUGCUAAGCAUAGCGAGUGUCGGUUUUCUCUCUGCAGCAGACAUCGCUACUGCGGCUCCGAGGCAGCGGGAGGAGAUGCGGCCCCUGGACAUCGUGGAGCUGGCGGAACCGGAGGAGGUGGAGGUGCUGGAGCCCGAGGAGGAUUUCGAGCAGUUCCUGCUCCCGGUCAUCAACGAGAUGCGCGAGGACAUCGCGUCGCUGACGCGCGAGCACGGGCGGGCGUACCUGCGGAACCGCAGCAAGCUGUGGGAGAUGGACAAUAUGCUCAUCCAGAUCAAAACGCAGGUGGAGGCCUCGGAGGAGAGCGCCCUCAACCACCUCCAGAGCCCGGGCGACGCGGCCGAGGGUCGGGCGGCCAAGCGGUGCGAGAAGGCGGAGGAGAAGGCCAAGGAGAUCGCGAAGAUGGCAGAGAUGCUGGUGGAGCUGGUCCGGCGGAUAGAGAAGAGCGAGUCGUCGUGAGCGCGGUCGGCGGUUUGCAGCCAAUGGAUUCUGGUCAACUGGUGGAGAUUGGCUGACACCCUGGAGGAGCUGAAACCAGAGAGCCUUUUGUUUUCUCUUUUUUCCUCUGUCUACGCUCUGUCUCACUUAACACUACGUUUUCUGCUAUGGUCUGUGGUUAAUGACCUCAAUAUGAGUUUUGAUUGUUCAGUGUUUUUGUUUGGAAAGUAAUUUUGUUUGGAAAAUGCUCUCACGUGCAGGAAUUAGGGCCUAGAUUGUAAGCUCUUGCAGCAGUCACAUUUGUUCCCGGGCUUUGGUUGUUAUUUCUAAAUUUUUGAGGUGCUUUGCUCUUUCUUGUGUGACCUGAUAGCUUCCCUGGAACUUUGGGUCUGUGUGUGGCGCCUGAGACUCACAGUUGGAGUUCUCCAGCUCUGGAGGUGCUGAAGGAGCGGCAUUCAUUCUGGAAGACGGCUCCAUGCGGCACCUACUGAGGAAAGGACCAGACUUCGACUGGGAGUGCAGAUGGGCCGACCUGGCUGGGACUCACGAUUCUGGAGAAGAGCUGGAGAACGGAUAGUAUUGUCUGUAUUUGGAGACUUUAAUUUCUGUGUGAGACCAAAGGAGGAGAGAUGUAUUUUGUUCAAAAUUUCAAUUUUAUGUGGUACACUAUCUGAUGUAAUCUAUCUGGUGAGUGUUUGGGCAACCUAACUCAGCUUUAUUUGACAUGGAACCUAAAAUAGAGGAUGAGAUCUUGGUAUUCUGUACAAGUUGAUGUAAUACCCUGAUGCGUGUUAGGGGACUUGGCAUAAAAUGAAAGAUUUGCAAAGGCCCUUGGGCUGGAGGAUGAGAGUAUGGAACUGUCAGCAUUGGACCCUAAACUGGACUGGAACAGGCAUCUUCAAGGUUCAUACGUUGUCCAGCUAUAAGUUCAUUUCAGUAGCAGACCUAACAAAUAUUUGAGGUCAAAACCCUACCAUGUUAAAAAACAAACAAACAAAAAAAAAAACUUACCAUGUUAAUAAAAGUAUUCAGUUGCUUGAAAAGA